GGCUGACCCGCCCCGAUGAGGCGGAAGGAGAAGCGGCUCCUGCAGGCGGUGGCGCUGGUGCUGGCGGCCCUGGUCCUCUUACCCAACGUGGGGCUCUGGGCGCUGUACCGCGAGCGGCAGCCCGACGGCACCCCAGGGGCAGCGGGGGCGGCGGUGGCCCGGGCGGCCGAACAGGGCUCAUACAGUCGGCAGAAGAAGAAACUUUCCUUGAGCCAUGGACAGAAGCUGAAGGACUGGCAUGACAAGGAGGCUAUCAGGAGGGAUGCUCGACGCGUAGGACAUGGAGAACAAGGGAGACCUUAUCCCAUGACCGAUGCUGAGAGAGUGGACCAGGCAUACCGAGAAAAUGGAUUUAACAUCUACAUCAGUGAUAAAAUCUCCCUGAAUCGUUCUCUUCCUGACAUCCGGCACCCAAACUGCAACAGCAAACGCUACCUGGAGAUGCUCCCCAACACAAGCAUCAUCAUCCCCUUCCACAAUGAGGGCUGGUCCUCCCUGCUCCGCACUGUGCACAGCGUGCUGAACCGCUCUCCGCCUGAGCUGAUCGCUGAGAUCGUGCUGGUGGACGACUUCAGUGAUCGAGAGCACCUGAAGAAGCCACUUGAAGACUACAUGGCCCUUUUCCCCAGCGUGAGGAUUCUCCGUACCAAGAAACGGGAAGGUCUAAUAAGAACCCGGAUGCUGGGGGCCUCCGCGGCAAUUGGGGAUGUCAUCACGUUUUUAGACUCGCACUGUGAAGCCAACGUCAACUGGCUGCCCCCCUUGCUCGACCGCAUUGCUCGGAACCGCAAGACCAUCGUAUGCCCGAUGAUUGAUGUGAUUGACCACGACGACUUCCGGUAUGAGACGCAGGCGGGGGAUGCCAUGCGGGGUGCGUUUGACUGGGAGAUGUACUACAAACGGAUCCCAAUCCCUCCAGAGCUGCAGAAAGCUGACCCCAGCGACCCAUUUGAGUCUCCUGUGAUGGCCGGUGGACUGUUCGCUGUGGAUCGGAAGUGGUUCUGGGAGCUGGGCGGGUACGACCCCGGCUUAGAGAUCUGGGGAGGGGAGCAGUAUGAAAUCUCGUUCAAGGUGUGGAUGUGUGGGGGCCGCAUGGAGGACAUCCCCUGCUCCAGGGUGGGCCACAUCUACCGGAAGUACGUACCCUACAAGGUCCCUGCUGGAGUCAGCCUGGCCCGGAACCUUAAGCGAGUGGCUGAAGUGUGGAUGGACGAGUAUGCCGAGUAUAUUUACCAGCGCCGGCCUGAGUACCGCCACCUCUCCGCUGGGGACGUAGCCGCCCAGAAGAAGCUCCGCAGCUCCCUGAACUGCAAGAGUUUCAAGUGGUUUAUGACCAAGAUCGCCUGGGACCUGCCCAAGUUCUACCCGCCCGUGGAGCCUCCAGCAGCGGCCUGGGGGGAGAUCCGCAGUGUGGGCACCGGACUGUGUGCAGACACGAAGCACGGGGCCUUGGGUUCCCCACUGAGGCUAGAGAGCUGUGUACGGGGUCGCGGGGAGGCUGCCUGGAACAACAUGCAGGUGUUCACCUUCACCUGGAGAGAGGACAUCCGGCCUGGAGACCCCCAGCAUACCAAGAAGUUCUGCUUUGACGCCAUCUCCCACAACAGCCCAGUCACCCUGUAUGACUGUCACAGCAUGAAAGGCAACCAGCUAUGGAAAUACCGGGAGGACAAGACCCUCUACCACCCCAUCAGUGGCAGCUGCAUGGACUGCAGUGAAAGUGACCACAGGAUCUUCAUGAAUACCUGCAACCCCUCCUCUCUCACCCAGCAAUGGCUGUUUGAACACACCAACGCGACAGUCUUGGAAAAAUUCAAUCGAAACUGAACCCUGGCAUCCCCUUGGCCGGCCUGGCAGGGUCCCCACCCUCACUGCAGCCUUCCUUUCCUGGGGGAGGCGAGGGCUCCCUGGGCUCCCCGAUGUAACAGGUGCUGGCCAUGCAGUUCAGGGCAAAGGGGGCUCUUGCAGCCACGCCGCCCAGGCCUCCCAGAGCCACAGCACGGUGUCUUCUUGGUCCUUCAGCCCUUGUGUCUUGGAGGCGUGGUGGGAAACAGACCCCACAAGAGGCCCCAGGAGAGAGCUGAGCCUGUUUUAACCCCUGCUGGCACCACAGGAACACUGGAGGGCCUGUUCAACUUUGUCACCACGUCCCCAGAGCAUCCCACUGGAGAUAUGCCGGGGCAGUCCUAGAAUGCCCAGAAAUGAGUCUGCAAGGUUGUCCAGCCCUCAGGUGGCUACCAUACCUAACGGUCCUUUAGAAAAUCAGGCGAAAUUUGCCUGUUUGGGGUAGAUUUUAACAGCACCAAUGCCACCCAUCCACAGAAGAAGGGAAAAGCCCCUCCUCUGGGCCACUGGUUUUUGCCUUUACUUUCUGCAGGGCAGUGCCUGCCCAGCUUCUGUUCUGUCACAGCCCCAGGUGAUUCACUCAGAGGCCACACCCUGGCCCUCAGAGCAUUUGAUGCUGAGCACUGGCCAGCUGCCAGGCAUGGGGUCAGAAGAGGAAUCUCAGACAGUCUUUUGCAGCCAUGGACAUACAGGAUGUCUCCCCUGGUCUCUAUGUAUGUGAGUUGUCUGUUCCAGAGCUCUCCUAGCACAAAGACAGCUCCCCCAACGGCUCCUCACGGCCGUGUUUCAGAUGCCUUCGGGCCCAUGGAAAAGACCUAGGAGGAGACCUCCAGAUGGGGAAUGCUGGCUGACUUCCCAAUCCAUGCUUCCAUUUCUCUCUCUCUCCCUGGCAAUUACUUGCCUUAAGAGAGGAACAGAGGUGCUCACUGGACAAAGUCUGGAGACCUGGGGUUGGACCAUGGGUAAGACACCUCACCUCUGACCUCAUCAUGGUUCUGGUUCUCAGUAGAAUUCUAGAAUCCGUUAGAGAAUUGUGUCAUCCGAUCACACACUCUAGGAUUCAACACAGGAUUCUGGUAUUCUAGCAUCCAGUAUGUAUUUCUAGAAUGCUGUGAUUAAAGCAGCCAGCCAGGGCAGCCCCCAGCCAAGAGAUAAGCUGUGAAAUCCAAGGUUGGUGUUUGGGGCAGGGAGACAUCGGGGGCCUGUGUGUCCAUCAGCUCAUACUAGAGGUCUGCUCUGCCUUGGUGCUCUGCGGAGGCAGAAGUCCUGGAGCCUCCCCACCACCAUCCCAGCUGCAGUCUCAUUUGCCACGGGGAAAGAACCCAGUGUCCUGAGGCCAGGUGUGCAUGCAGCUCCAUGCCAGUACUUCAGGUUUACCUUUUGCUUUGAUGGUCACCUCCCAGGGGGCUCCCAAACCAAUAGAAACCAUCUCUGCAACCAACCUGCAUUCCACAACCUACUGGCCUCCACCAGCUAGCCUAGCAAGUGCUUGAAGUCAGUAUUCCAAUUAGAAUUGGUUGUGCGAAUUGCAAGUUAAAUAACUGAGACAUAAAUUUGGGAACAGAGCCACGAAUCUACCUUUGAGAUGCUGGCAGAUCUCAAGGCCAUAAAUUAUCUGCGGUGGCGGGGGGGCAGGGUGCAGUAAAGACUCCAGCCAGACCACCACCCCAAUUAAACGCAUAGCUGGCAAAGGAGCCCUUCGACAUAGCCCCAGCACAACUCUGCUAGGGCCCCCUGGGGCAGGAGAGGCAGCCCCUGUGUUUGUGAAGCUUCUUGGUCCCUAGCGUCCUAUUCCAUUCGAGUGCUACACCUUUAGGAGUGGUGCUGUGUAGAAGGGAGUCAAAAGAUGAGCCCCUUCUAGACUCUUAAGAAGCAUGUGGCCAUUUGGAAGGUUGAGUCAGGAGUCCUCAUAGGAGAGCAAUGCAGCAUCAUUAAAAUAAAACUGUGCCUUUUAAGAAGAAAAAAAUGCAAAUGUAUAGUAAAUCCCAAAACUUGAACCAUUUCCUAGUGCCUUGCUAGACAAACAUAAUAGGGCAGUGUUGGGGGGGUGGGGUUGGUGGUAUAUGCAGUUCCUCUUGGGUGAGUGUGUCUGUCUAAUUUCCUAAUGUCCAAUUUCAAGCAGGAGAUGUUGGGGCCAGAGUGGGAUUGAAACUGAGGGGCCCCAAAGGCCAGAGGCAAGAGUGGUUUCAGUUUGUGGGAGCAAAACCACAAAUUAACAAAGCAGCUGGACCCUUCACUCAGUCCCUGGCCUGGAAGGGCCUCAGCAGCCCCUGGGAGAGGGCCCUGCAUUACCUCACUGGGCCCUGUUUGAAGCCAUGCCUGCAGCCCCCAUGCCAGCCCCAUACAGUGUGUGUCCUUCCCUCACCAUUGAGGGGGUGGGGGAAGCACUGACUAGAUUGCCAAAGGGUCCCACUCCCACUGGACAGCAGAGUUCUCAGUGCAGCCAGGAUUCCCGUGGAAAGCAGGAGCACUAAGCAAGUAGUCUUCAGCCCUCCCCUUUCCCAUCCUUUGGUUCUCUGUUCGAGCCUGGGUUUAUACCCACAAUGGGGCUGGACAGGUCCCCUGAGCACUCUGGCAUUUGUAGCUGCUGAGCCCACAUAACAUCACUAGGUCCUGGGACUUGACCUUAACAAAAUGAGUAAUAGGGGAGGGAGGGAAGGAGAGGAGUUCAUUGACUGACCAACUAACUGGUUGAAAAUAUGAAACCACUCUUGUUUUAGCCUCCUUUUUGAAAGCCACCAGUCUCAAUUCAGAUGCCUGCUCACACCCCCAGCUGGUGUUCAGGAAAGCUCAGGCAGGAACCCGUGGAGGUGCGGUCAGCUAGGUGGCCAGUGGGUAAGAAUGGGACCCCAUUCCUCUAAAGCUGUUAUUCUGCAGAUGAAGUUACAAAACAGGCUAUAGCUAGAAAGUAUCUGACAGUGUAACCCACAAAAAGCCUUUCCAAAAGGGGGACUCCAGAAACAUUUCUGAAUGCAGACAGCAUCUUUGAAGUAACGACAAGGCCUUUAAGGUGACUCCAUUUAUAGGCACAUUUGUGAAAAGCCACUCCACCUCAUGCUUCCAAUGGAGCUUGUGCUGUGUGGUCCUUUUCAACUUUGAAAAUGGUUCAGGAACUGUCGAUUCUCCCCUUUAGGAGGAAAUAGCUCAGAGGUAGAGGUGGGUACCUCCUCAGAAGAGAUCUGACGGGACUUCAUGUUAGAUCCAGGGGAGAAAGAGCAGCCUUCGCUGAAGAUGUAGCAUGCAGAUCCCCAAAGUGCACAUUACGUUCACUUUUUUUAGUUGAGUUGUUUUUUCCACUUAAGAAACAGGUGGUCUAAAUGGCUCCAUGUUUCUUUCUGGGCAUCUGUAUUUCUGUAGUCUCUAGAGUCUCAAAGCUAGUGUGGCAAAGCACUUUAUACUCGUAACUAAUAAAUGGAUUCCUUGCUUCAACGAGACCUAGUUUGUAUAGUUGGGUAAUCUUUUGUAAUUCCUAGGAGGCCAUGCAUUUUCAACAUUUCCUGAAGAUUUCCAAGUGUGAGAGAAGGGCAGGGAGUGCGCUUCUGCCCUGGAACUCCUCUGCUUUCAACUGAUGCUCUUUGUGAAAACUGAAGUAAUAUUUUAGUUGAAACUUGAUCUGGAGCCAAGGCCUCUGCCACCUCUGGGGCAAGGAUUGGACUUACAUUCCAAGGGAUAAGGUCCUCUUGAUCUCUGCUCCCAAAAUGGCUUUAAUUCACCUGCUCCAGACAGCAGAAUUGGGCUCCUGCCCUGUUAUAGUCUUGAAGACAGGAAUCCCAAAAGGUUGCAGGCAGGGAAUAUUUGGGAAGCCAGACUAGGAUUCCAGAGAGAAAACUCAAGGCCACCAACAUCUCCUGCCUGGAAAGGUGAGCCUUUGUGAAGGAUUGACUUACAAUGUACAAUUGUGAUUUUUGUUGAGUAAACCUCUGGACUUUCUCUAAA